AAGCAACAGCCCGGCAAGCAAAAAGUUCAAAAUGACCCACGACGCCGUUUGGUUCUCUCGUCCUAGAAAGUACGGAAAGGGUGCCCGCCAGUGCCGCCUCUGUGCCCACCAGGCUGGUCUCAUCCGUAAAUAUGGCCUUGACUUGUGCCGUCAAUGCUUCCGUGAAAAGUCAGCUGCCAUCGGUUUCGUGAAGAACCGGUGAAAUGUACCCCGUCGCGCACC